AUGGCGUCGACCCUGGCGACCUUUACGCUCACCAUCAAUGGUCAGGCCCUGGAUCUUAGUGCUGACAAGACCAUGUUUGAGACAACCACGCGGACGGGGGCGACCCUCGUGGCGUCCAAGUUUGUGUUCGAGGGCGAUCCGGCGACUGCCAGUGGAACGGCCUGUGAGUUCAAUGUGCGCAUGCUGGCCACAACUGCCGCAACCCCCGUGGUGACCUACCUUAUGAAGCGUGUCGAAAACCGCAUCGUGCCAGAGAUAGAUACUCCCACAACACAGGGGAUCCUGCUCACCCUCAAGGGCGUUGUGGUUGCAAACAACACGACGGCCACCACGGCCACGGCCACGGCCACCGGGAUUGGGAUCACCGGCACCACGGACGUGCUGGGGCUGGACCCGCUGACGGCGGAGCUGGUCGUGGACGCAGAGGCCACGCCCAUCACCCAGGUCGUGCUGACGUUUGACUCGGCCACGGGCCCGUUCGCCUGCGUGCAGGCGCCCGUGGCACCGGUCGCAGGCGCAGCCGCGCCAGCCGCGGGUGCAGCCGCGGGUGCAGUGCCAGCCGCUGGGGCCACCGAAACGGGGGCAGAGGAGGUCAGCGCCCUGGACAAGGAGUACGGCCCCCUGAGGCUGCAGACGUGGCUCUUUAUAGGCGGCGGGGUGACCCUGUUCCUGUUUUUCAUCAUCAUUGUUGUUGCAGUGGCCAUGCGGAAGCCAAAGGCCAACCCGAUGAUGUUUUACUAG